UUUCUUGUUCUGCCACCUGAUUUAAAAUAUACAUAAAUUCAACACAGUUAAUGACAAAAUUAAUCCAACUGGAAGUUAAAAUUAUUCGUUCCGAAACAAAAUCAUUAUGAAGAACAAUGGCCAGAAGCCUUGGAUUGCUCCCAUCACCUCAAACACUGGUACAUGUGGCUCGGACACUUCGCGGAAAAAAUCUGUGGUGGAAAAUGCAGCAAAAUAUCUCUCAGACAAUCCCGAGGACGAAGGGAAAAAGUCUUGGAUAGCUCCUAUUACCUCAAACACCCAAACUUGUGGCUCGGGUUCAUCGCGGACGGAAUCUUUGGUAGAAUCUAUAGCGAAAUCUGACUCGGAUUCACCGCGAAUGGAAUCGAUAAAAUCUGGCGCAAAUUCUCCGCGAAUGGAAUCGAUUAAGUCUGGCUUAAAUUCUCCACAAGUGGAAUCGAUAAAGUCUGGCUCAAAUUCUCCACGAGUGGAAUCGAUAAAGUCUGGCUCAAAUUCUCCGCGAGUGGAAUCGAUAAAAUCUUCCUCGGAUUCUUCGCGGGUUAUAUCUGUUGUGGAAACUCUGGUGGAACCUGAGCCCAGGCCAAUAGCAAGUCCAAAAAAAUGCACCUGUCGGCGUAGUCCACCCUGUCAAUCCCCCAAACCCCCUUGCAUACCCUGUCAACCCUGUCGACCCAUCCUCGAGGAUAUCUGCCCCAAAACACCUUCUGACGUCUCGGAACCGAAAACACCACCCAGGCGGAGCUUCAAAAGCGAUGAUUUGGUUUUGCAGGAAUCGCACGAAGUGGAUGAGCAAGUGGUGAAUACGCAUAACUACUCACAGGAAGACACCGAAGAGUUUGAGCCACAACAUCAGGGACGAAUCUUUGGCGUCUCCGGUCCAGUGGUAAAUGCCGAGCAAAUGGCCGGAGCCGCCAUGUACGAACUGGUGCGUGUAGGCCAUUGCCAGCUGGUGGGUGAGAUCAUUCGUCUCGAGGGCGACAUGGCCACCAUUCAAGUGUACGAGGACACCUCUGGCGUUAGUGUCGGCGAUCCGGUUUUCCAAACGGGCAAACCGCUAUCCGUGGAACUGGGUCCCGGCAUCAUGGGCAGCAUCUUCGAUGGCAUCCAGCGACCUUUGCGAACGAUCCACGAGCAGACCAACUCCAUCUAUGUGCCCAAGGGCAUCGAUGUGCCCAGCCUGCCCAGGAACAUCCAGUAUGCCUUUACUCCCGGCAAAUUUAGGGUAGGGGGUCUAAUUACCGGCGGUGAUAUCUAUGGGUCCGUCUUCGAGAACAGCAUGAUGGAGCAUCAACUAAUGCUGCCUCCACGUUGCCAGGGUCGCAUCAAGUGGCUAGCUUCGCCGGGUAACUACAGUGUGGAAGAUACGAUCAUAGAGACGGAGUACAAUGAUGAGGUAACAAAGCACACCAUGCUCCAGGUGUGGCCAGUGCGUAAGAGUCGUCCCGCGGAUGACAAGCUGCCAAGUGUCAGUCCACUCCUCACCGGUCAGCGUGUCCUGGACGCCUUCUUUCCGUGCGUUCAGGGCGGCACCACCGCCAUUCCGGGUGCCUUUGGCUGUGGCAAGACCGUGAUCUCACAAUCCUUGUCCAAGUACUCCAACUCGGAUGUCAUCAUCUAUGUGGGCUGCGGCGAACGCGGCAACGAGAUGUCCGAGGUACUGCGUGACUUUCCCCAACUGGAGGUGGAAGUGAAUGGGACAAUGGAGUCCAUCAUGAAGCGCACCGCCCUGGUGGCCAAUACCUCCAACAUGCCAGUGGCUGCCCGUGAGGCCUCCAUUUACACGGGGAUUACUCUGUCGGAGUAUUUUCGGGACAUGGGCUACCAUGUUUCCAUGAUGGCCGAUUCCACCUCACGAUGGGCUGAGGCUCUCCGUGAGAUCUCUGGCCGCCUGGCCGAGAUGCCGGCAGAUGCUGGCUAUCCGGCUUACUUGGGUGCCCGACUGGCCUCCUUCUACGAGAGAGCCGGCUUGGUCAAAUGCCUGGGCAACCCGGAACGUCAUGGAUCCGUCUCCAUUGUGGGUGCAGUGUCGCCGCCCGGUGGUGACUUCUCCGAUCCGGUGACCUCCGCCACGUUGAGCAUAGUUCAGGUGUUCUGGGGUCUGGACAAGAAGCUGGCCCAGCGGAAGCACUUCCCCUCGGUGAAUUGGCUGCAGUCGUACUCCAAGUACAUGCGAGUUCUAGACGCUUACUACGAGGAGUCCAAUCCCGAAUUCACAACACUGCGGGCCAAGGCUAAGCAGGUGCUGCAGGAAGAGGACGACCUGUCCGAGAUUGUCCAGCUGGUGGGCAAAUCAUCCCUAAACGAGGCCGAUAAGAUCACACUCGAGGUGGCCAAGAUGCUGAAGGAUGACUUCCUGCAGCAGAACUCGUAUUCGACCUACGAUGCCUAUUGUCCCUUCUACAAGACCGAGGGCAUGCUAAGGAAUAUGAUGGCCUUCUAUGACGCUUGUAACCUGGCGGUGGAGAACACGGCCGGAGAGGAGGCACGUGUCACCUGGAGUGUGAUCCGGACGCAGGCUGCCAACGUUCUCUACGAGCUGUCCAUGAUGAAGUUCUUAGAUCCCAAGAUGGGCAAGGAGGCCAUGGAGGAACAGAUGGAGAAGCUAUACCAGAAUAUCCUGACUACUUUCAAGGACAUAGAGGAGAGUGCUGGCAAAUACUAAUUGGGCUUCUUGAUUCUUAGUUUAGAUUUGUUGUAGGGAAAAGAUUGUCGAAAUUAUUUGUAAAGUGUGAAAUUUUAAGUUUUCAUCUAUAUAUUUUAGUAUUUAAA